CUCGCCCCAUCACCACGUCUGAACGUUCUGUACGCCGCUACACAAUCACUGCCGCCUCUUUUGGGUACUCAAAUGGACGUGAGCGAAUGCCGUACAAACCCAGCCUCGCCGGCGCCACAUACUCGCCAGGCGAUUGCAGACGAAAUAACCCGCUAUUCAAGCUACCUCAUCGACCUCAAAUCGCGUUUAAACCGCCUCGCACCCAUAUCUGAGCUUCCUGCGGAGAUCCUCUCCGAAGUCUUUUUGUAUGCGGCUGCUGUCGACGGCAGUGAUGCAUAUUCCAGCGUGUGGCCGACUUGGACACUGUAUGGCUGGAUAUGCGUGUCCCAUGUCUGCAAGUACUGGCGCUUCGUGGCGCUAAGUUGCCCUGCCCUCUGGUGCAACUUGACGGUGACGCGGCGCGAGUGGACGACGGAAUUACUGGCGCGAUCCAAGAAGGUGCCCCUGUACGUGACCAUGACUUACCCAGUGGAAGACGUACCGGCGUUCGGAAGCUCGCGACCCUUGGUGCACGAAGAAUCGGAGGAGACGGCGGCGCUUGUGUUGUCGCACCUGGCGCGUAUACGCUCGCUGUCCGUCACUGUCAAGCGUCCGCUCCCGGACAGGACACUGCAAUUGCUGGACGGACCGGUUUCGCUUCUUGAGUCGUUGACCAUCCAGUACGGAUAUGCCCCACAUACGUCCUCCGCCGAGCACCAUCAUACCCAGUCGUUGGUGCACCGCGCUGGGGCUCAUCGUCUCCGGCGCCUUGAGGUGCACAAUCUCCAUCUGCAAUGGAACCAAUUUCUGUUGGCGCAACUGACACAUUUGACCAUCACCGGCGUCGUACAACAACGAUACAAAGCACUAGUCGACGCUCCAAAUAUGCUCGAUGCUCUCUCUCAGAUGAGCCUCCUCGAGGAGCUUGUCAUAGAGACAUCGCUAGCUGCACCGUUCGACCAGACCGUGGUCCCGACGGCUUCGACCCGAGCAUCCUUGCCUCAUCUGCGACAUCUACGUGUCCGGGAAACUCCAUCCAACUGCGCCUGCCUUCUCAUGUAUUUGGAAACUCCUUCGCUGUCGCGCCUUUCUCUGCAAUUGGAAGGGGACACAACGCCAUUUGGUGCAGCACUCCUCACCGCUGUGGCGACCAAGAUGGCUAGCUUGGGGACUUUCUUGACUCUCCGUGCCGACUUCUCUGGUCACUGGUCAGAUUGUGUCCACUUGAAGGCAUAUCAAACAGAUAUCGACCACCAUGCGAUGCGGGAUACUGCAAGCGUGCUCGAAAAGUACACUCCCGACUUCGAGAUACGCUUCAACCGGAUGGAUCUCGUCAUCAUGAUCAUAGAUAUCUGCCGACUCUUCCCUAUCCGUGACAUUCGCAACCUCUUCAUCGCAGCUCGCUGGUUUCCGCUGGCCGCAUGGCGCACCCUUCUCCACUCGACGGGCAAGGUCACAGAGCUUUUCGUCAUCAACUCCGCGUCGUGCAACUGGCUCUCGGAGGUGCUACUCGAACGAUGCCUUGGAGAGCCGAAGGAACCCGGCGAGAGCCACUUCUAUCAUUACGUCCUCCCGCGACUCCGCCGCCUCACAUUGAUAGAAUGUUUCUUCAGCGAGCAGGGCUAUAAUGAGCUCAUCCCAGGGGUCCUUAUUUCGAGACUCGUCGAUGGCCUUCUCGAUUGUUUCAUGGAUCGGUACGAGUGUGGCGCCGAGAUUGAACAACUGCGCAUUGUCCAACCUGUCAACGUUGAUAGGGAGGAGAUCGAUCUGUUGAACGAAGUCGUGCGCGACGUGGAUUGGGACGGCACCGUUGACUAUCAACGAAACACCACGAACAUAGAUGACUAUCGCUGGGAGAAUGGUGUCGAUUUGUUGACCGACCCCGAUCUGUUUGGAACUCACUUCAUACCGGCUUUCGGAGACGAGGAGGGGAUGGCGUUUCAUGUAAUCUGAUUUGCCUUAUUGCAGUAGUGUACGCUUCUGCAGUGUCAUGUACAUUGAGCCCUAACAUUGAACAGACCUGGGAUAUAAUUUCGGA